GUGACGGCUCAGUAAACACCUUGUCUUGUGUGGAGAGGACAAGAGGUGAGCUACAGAGAAGAUCAGGAGAUGUCCUUCGGCUUGUGUCUCGCCCUGUGCCUCAUGCCAGCCGUGGUAGACGGCCAGAGCGGCGAUGUAGAGAUGGAUGCUGAGCCCAGACUCAUCUGUACCUCCCAUAUAAGUCAGAAGGCAGGAAACAGUCUAACAUGCAACCUUUCUGCUGGCAAAAAUGCCAAUGAAGAUGAUGAAGAUGAUGAAGAUGAUGACAUCCGGAACAUGACUGUCUGCUUCUGCGAUAUGACUAAGAGUACCACCAAGUGUCUGGAGGUUUCUGGGAAGACCAUCACGUCCAGCGAGCUGUCUCCCAUCACCGCUGCUUUCAAUGUAACCGUUCAGUUAAAAAGCGGUGGGAAAAUCAACAGGUCUUUCAACUUGAAGACGAUAGUUAAACCAAGAAGUCCCCAAGUGUGGAAUGCAACCUUCCAUGGAACGGCAAACAAAGCUGUAAUUCAUAUUCGGAUUCCAUACCAAGAUGAUUACCUUAAAGCAAACAAUCAACUCUUCCAAGUUCACAUCAGGAGUACGACCAACACACUGAUUCGUAACAUCACAUCAGAGGCUUUGAUCAUUGAUGGGGAAUACCUGCAAAAAAAUACAGACUAUCAUGUCAAAGUGAGAGCAAUACCAAAAACCAACCUACAGGGCAGCUGGAGUGAGUGGAGCACAACUCUGAAUUUCUCCACCAACAUUGAACUUCAUGAGGAACGAGAGAAAGCUCGGGUGCUACUGUAUUACUUGACUGUGAGUCUUGUCACCUUCUUGCUGGUCAUUUGGAGUGUUGUCUUCUUCUGGAGAAGAAAGAUAUACACCUACAUAUGGCCAAACAUUCCACACCCGAAGCAUACACUGGUGCAGAUAUACAAGCCAGUUAAGACUCUUCCAGUGAGCUUCAACCCUGAGGUGUUCAGUGACCUUAACAUCGUCCCAGUAGAGAAAAUUGAAGAGCAGCAUUGUUCUGAAGCAGAGCAAAUAGCCGCUGAUGACAUUGCCCAGCUGAUGGAUCCCUGCCCGGCCAAUACAUUAAGUGGAGAAACGUUAGACAGCAGAAGGAGGAACACUGGCAUGAACACAGAGGUAUCAGAGUCCACUCUGCUGAGUGGGAGCCCCACAAGCAAAGAUGACCCUGCUGCUAAAGUUCAGGAUACAUUCACUCUAGGUAUCCACCAACUUGCAGAAGAACAAUUAGCAUCCCUAACAGAGCACACCAUUAUUAACAGUGAUGCUAAGACAUGUGUUACUACAAAGCAAAACAAAGAUGAGGCUUAUGUCACUAUGUCCAGCCUCUAUAAAAUCAAGUAAGAACAUUAGGAGAAAAUGAAAAGGACAAAAGCAGAGAAGAUAGGGACAGACAGGGACCAGUUCUAUUGGGCAAUGAGUGCCUGUUUGUUUAUGUUACGUAAUCUUGAGUAUAUGUAAUCUUGAAUAUUAUACUGCCAAACUACCACAUACAGUUACUUUCAUUCUUGCACCAUUCUUGGUAAUGCUUAUAAGUUGAUUUAGGAAAAACGUGAAAAAUCUACCAUAAAACUGAUUUUGUCGUUUGCUGCACACACAGGAAAAAGAAAAUAGUAUGAUGUUUGUUUAUCAUUCAGGCAGUAAAGGUAGCAGCAGCUCCCUCAAUCUCAAUGGGCAGUUGAUCCCAAUUUUCUCUUCAAAUUUCCAACAGCACACAACUUUGGCAAUCCUACUUGUACAAUUCAGCUAUUGCGUGGCUGUUUAUUUCCUAAAUUAUCAUGCACACCAAACAUCCAUUCUUCUUCUGUAGCUACAGCUGGUAAAACAAGAUUUUAUGUUGCAAAAUCAAGAUGUUCCUAAACAUUUAUGGAAAAUAUCAAUGUGUGCUGUUGCAGUGCACUUGUACAUUCCAAAAUCAAGUGUGUGCAAUGUCUUGAAGAAAAGGACGACUGAAGGUGACACAGCAGGGAAGAAAAAAGUGGGUAGGUCAAAAUGUCAAAGUGACCAUACAGGACAUGCAUUCUGCAAGAGUUUUCUCAUCAUUUGCUGUUUGAAGCUUUUCGAAACUGCGGCAUGUCACAGGAUCACCCCAUGAAGCUUCUGUAACUUGUUGGGAACUGUAUGGCACCAACAACCAUAUGCAAGCAGCAGCCCCACAAGGCACUGAUAACCACACCCAAUGAAAAACUCAAGAUUGCUCAGUGUAGCACACACUAAUAUUGGACUUUGUAUCAAUGGAAAGCUGCUUUAUGGAACAAGUAACCAUAUAAAUACAUACUCCUUCAAUCAGAUAGACGAUUAUAGUUAUAGAGAACUCCUGCAGUGUGUAGUCCAAAAAGUGAAUUCCAUAGCUGGCACGGUAUGGUAAUA